AAAGAGCAUGCGCGGCAGCCGCAGGCUGUAGCUCCAUGUAUUUUCCCGGUUAUUCUCUGUUUCUAUAGCAACAUGUCUAAGACUGAGCCCGAAACGGCGACGACAGGACGCCCUUUUACUUGCAAGUCGCUGUAGUUGUCGUCCACUUCCCUAGCGUUAGUUUCACUACAAUAUUUUUAUAAUUUCAACUACAUGCGGCCGUAGUUAUUGUGGUGUGAGCGAUUCUCCGUCUCCAGCGAGUUUCGAUGUUUGUUUUUUUCUCGUUGUCGAUUUUUCUCUUUGUUCGUCGUCUUUGUCUUGCUGAUGAGUUUUUGUGGCACAGCAACUUCGUCGCGUUCAUCGUAGCCCUGCUGCUAAUGUGCUUACCAUAUGUGUCGAUCAGUGCACGUUGUCUCGGCCGUCUGCCUCGACAAACUCAGUCUGACGUUCGAAUCGAAAGGUACUGAAAUUGUCUUUUUGCUGUGAAACUAGGAAGGGUGCGGAUAAGAGCGUAAACAGGAUCUUGAUUCGCCCGUAACCGCCGUUGCUGUCAUCGUGUUUGUUGCGCCUAUUGAACAAAUGAAUCUAGAAGGAUACAACAUUUAAACCAUCAGCAUUUGAAAUCCACCACGGUACCGUCCAAGGACGCAAAGAGGAUCAACGUCGUUUUGAGAUUCCAUUGUCAUUGGAUUCCCCCUAUUAUGGUCGUUGGGAUUGGCGUCCCACCGAUUGGAAUGUCCCCGCAUCUUCUUGAAGACGCCAUGGAAAAUCAGAGUAGCUACGCAUCCAGCCUUGUCACAGAAUGUAACACGUCUAAGAUGUCAUCUGGAGUCACCGUAUCAUCGACGCCCUCCACAGAAAACAGCAGCUCCGGUCUCGCUGGCGUCGGAGGAAGUAGCGGAAUACUCGUGGAUGCCGAGGACCGUUCCAGCACGUCGCCCAGUUUACCAUCCCUGUUUGGACUUUCAUUAAGGAUCCGAUCAGCUUCAUUGCCGUCCCUCAUCGAACUCUGCAUUACGUGUUUUGACGACGACGGUGGUGUACUGGAAUCUGCCGCUAACUAUCCUAACAUCUUCUUCCUGAUGCAUAAGUGGUUCACCACAUCCGAAUCACUGGCCAACGACUUAUGGCGCUUAUUUGAAUCAGGAAAGCCGUCCUAUCACGCGGACUAUCAGAGUCUGCUCGCCACAGUUCAACAGAGUGCCAGAACGGACGCGAACGGGAGCCAGGAAACUGGCCCGUCUUCUCGUCCGUCGAGCGUUAUACUGUCGCGAAAACAGGACGAUUACAAUGGGAAUUUAGGCCUGAGAAGUCCGUCUCUGAUGCGGGCAGCCAACGGCCGUUCUAAUUCGGUCCUAAUCCCGCGGCCGGCGUGCAUUGGCGCCGAUGACGAUAACUAUUUCAGCUAUCAUUAUAGCAAGCUAAGUGCCAUGGCAGCCGACGGCGUCGACAUGUCCAACCAAUUAAGUGACAAAUCCAGUUCGUCGGAGAAAAAUCAAAUGGACAUCCCGCGGUCGAGUGAUCAGUGUUCAGCGCUUAGCCAGUGCAAGCACGACCAGCAGGCGUUGUGUCAGAUCUACAAGUUCCGGCGUUCCGUUUGCUACGCUGUUCGCUUUUGGAUCCGACAGUUCCCUGUUCAUUUUGAUCUGGACGCCAAACUGUCGUCUCUCGUCAAGGAUUGGCAGCGAUGGUUGACCACCGAUGAUCGGUUUCAUUGCGCUGAAUUGGCCCCACUGAUUGAUCUCGGUUGCCUACCUUCGUACGACUGGAUCCGCAACAUCUCCGUUCGCGAUCCCAGCGUCAAACAUUGCCGCAAAGUAUCGCUAGUCUUCAACCAUCUGGAGCCUUCUGAACUAGCUAAACAUUUGACCUAUCUAGAGCAUCGCAUCAUGAGGCGAAUUAGUUUUCAGGAUUACAAGCAGUACGCCGUUACGGGUUCACUAAGCGAUAACCCUCGUUUAGAACGGUCGGUCAACUUGUUCAAUGGCCUCACUCAAUGGGUUCAAUGUAUGGUCUUGAGUCGGAGCACACCUCAGCAACGAGCCGAAGUCGUUGUUAAACUCAUUGACGUCACCAAGAAACUGAAGGAGCUUCGAAACUUCAACUCGCUGAUGGCUGUCGUUGGUGGACUGAGUCAUAGCUCCUUAGCGCGUCUAAGUCGGACAUCGUCUCGCGUUCCAGCCGACUCGCAACGAUCGCUCGCUGAACUAACCGAGUUUCUUUCUUCUUCGUCCAACUUCUCUAAUUACAGACGAGCACUUCAAGAAUGCAAAGGCUUCAAGAUACCCAUUUUAGGCGUGCAUAUGAAGGACCUGAUCUCUCUCCAUGUUGCCCUCUCGGAUUCACUGGAAGGCGGCCUCAUAAACUUUCGUAAAAUGGCCCAACUAUCGCUCAUUUUUCAAGAGCUCCAGGAAUUGCAGAAUGCUACGCCCCCUACGGGAGCCAAUGUAGAUCUCGUCAACACCUUAAGGGUUUCUCUGGAAUUAGCCUAUACCGAGGAUGAAAUUUAUGAAUUGUCAUUGGCAAGGGAGCCCAGAGAUUCGUUGUCGCCUCAGUCUUCUCCUACCCGGCCAUCGCUCCUGGGCGACUGGCCUACGACAGGACAAGCAAAUCCAACACAAACAUCUUUGACACCCAACACGGCCGUCAAUCUGGUUCCACACGAUGCAUCACGGUCAUCGUCACUUUCUUCACCACACACGAUUUCGUUGUCACUGUCGCUACCAGCUGAGUCGCUGCCACAAAGACUGAGUUCAACUGGUAGCGAUAACGAACAGGACGGCUUGGGUGGCGGUUUGGGCGCUGCGGAACGGAAAAAAACGCUCGAAGAACGAAUGAACGAAAUGGUUGACGCAGUUUUUGGCCAACCCAAACAUGAGCUGCUCAAACUCAUCCAGCGUUCGCCUCCAUCUGGGAAUCCGAUUGCUUCUUGCGUGGGAACAACUGAAGAACCGCCCCAGCAGCAACAACAUCAGCCUAAUGGGAUGACUGACGUUGACCGCCAAUCCCGACACGAUUUUCAAGAAACGAAUUCCUUCAGACCAUGUACUUGUGCUCAUUGUAACGGAUUGUUAUGGGGACCAUUGCGUCAAGGCUACAAAUGCAAAGAAUGCGGCCUCACCGCUCACAAGAUGUGCAAGGACGUCAUGACGGUUACGUGCCGACCCAAAAGCCUCAUCACAAGUCCUUUCACAGAUGCAUUCCAGAGCGGAUCGGGUAGAACAAGGUUCAGGCGCCGCAAGAAGUUGAACAGUCACUCAGACGUUGAUAACCUGGAAAGUGGUUUACUUGCCAUGGAUUGUUCUUGCGAUCUAAGUUGCCAAUCGCCUUGCAGUCGUCUGUCCAGCAUGAGUAUGCUUCACCAUCAACAGGGUUCUUGCGAUACGUCCGAAUUUCGUCAUCAGGGGGACAAGUCAGCGUUGCUUAGCGGAGCGCUGGCGACCGCUGGAGCUGGCGGUGAAUCAAGCUCGGCCCUUACUUCCCGUAGUCAACUGUUCCGCAGCCCGAAGCGACGCAGUUUGAUAGCGACAAAUAAUCCAGCUGCAGCGGCCAUCGCAGCAGCAACUAGUCCAAUGCCGAUCCGCCAACGCAAAUCAUCGCUCUCUUUCACUAGCCCUUGCCGAAGCUUUCCAGGAACCAAUCCUUCUGUUGAAGUUCAGCCAUCGUUGACGUUGCGCUCUUCGUUAUCUGCGUCCCCGCGGAGGAAGAUAAGCGAUACGCUGCAUUUUCUUGGAUCUCCUUCUUCGUCAUCGCCCACGUCCUCGUCUUGCCCGUGUCACGGGCAUCACUCAUGAUAAAAGCAGUUGAUUUAUAAAAAAACAGUGGGUGUAGAACUGAAGAAGAAAAAAGAAAACAAACAAAGAAAACAAGAAGCAAGAGUUGAAAAUGCAGGGAAGUGAAAUUAGUCCGCCAAGGAGCGCACGUGUUGCGCCGUGUAUUUACCGGAAUCAAUAGAAAUGACGUGACGUAAUUGAUGCAUCCUCUCUCCAACGCUACUUGUAUGGGUUUUCUGCAAUGAUGACUGUUUGUCUUCAUAUCCAAUUGAUCUGACAUUUCCUUAUUCUCUGCCUGAAUGAAUAUCAACAAUGUUGUUCCUGUUGUGUCAAUUCUGAAUUAUUGUUCGUUUUCCCCUUGUUCAAACCGCGCAAGCCUAAAGAAUCCCACAUAUAUUCCAGACGAAUUUCCUUUUCCAAAGACAAAUUAUCAGGAUGAUUGUGAUGCCGUGAUGCGUCCUAUGUUGUGAUGCGUCACUUUGAAUGCAAUCAAGAAUUCCUGGUAUUUUGCGCUAUUUCUGUCGUCAAUUCAACGGCGAUACGAUCUGCUGGAACUCGCAGUUUAAAGUUCUUUCCGCACACACAAACCCGUCAUUGUUUAGCGAAACAGUCAUCCGCGCUAGUCGAGUGAUUUUGUCCCUUACACCUUACACCGAAGAAUGCUUAGUCUUUCUGUAAAUACCGUAUUUACCUGCGUCAUAUUCAAUGGUCCUUCACCGCCACCCCUCCAGAAAACAUUGUUCUUUAGUUGUCGGUGAUCCCACCGUCACUCAUAGCCAGCGGUCAACUUUAGUUCAGAAUUCAGCAUUUACCCAUGAAAGCUUUUUUUUUGUUUUCGUCCAGUUUAACAUCUCACAUAACUCACACGAGCGAAAAAGAAAAAAAUAUAUAUAUAUCUAGAUCCCCAGGUUCCUGAAACCUGAAACAAACCAAAAGUUAUGAAGAUGGUAUAAACAAAAAGAUGACGAAACAAAGUCGAGAGGCAACUUGAGGCGAGAUGAGAGAUGCUCUAUUGACCGUUAUACUUUAUAUCAUCCCUUCUGAGACUAUCAUCAUAUCUACCGCUUCGUUAGAAAAAUAUUAUUCUGUACGAUAGGUGCCUUUCACUGACUUUAGAUCCGAGUAAGAGACGACAUUUUGAACCCUUUCACUAGGCAGCAGGCCAGCAGCAAUUGGGCUCCCGAACCAAAUCGUUUAUCAUUUGAAUGUAAAUAUCUACUACGUAUCUAAACAACAAAAAACACGCAUAAAAAAAAAAAAAAAUGCGAACAAUUAUACAUGUCACAAUGCUUUGGGUAUGUUCAGUGCAUUAAUUACAGUACGUUGAAACCAUAUCUGUAUGGACAUCCCGCAGCUACCGUGAACGAUCAGUCACCGUGCCCAUGUCCUCGUUGUGUACGAACGAUUUCCGUGCAAUUCGUCCCAAUCGUAUAAAUGUUUUGGAUCAUGUAGCUACACAUAAUUGUUAGUGAAUGCAUUCCGCGGUUACCCUCUCUCUAUGAUUCAUUGUCAAUGAAAGUAGAAAACAACAACAAAUCAAUACUACCUUUCACUUUUUCUACGGGUAUAUUACAUUACAUAUAGUUUACAAUACAAGUAUAUAUACAGUAUAUAUAUAUAUAUAUAUUAUAUAUAAGAUACAUGCAUAAUUUUACAUGAUACCAGCGAAUGUGUUUCGUUUCAAAACUACAUUGUUGAUUGGGCUUUUUUGUUUUUAGUUGAUAACCAAUCCAAAUGAUUUCCGUGCUCUCUGUAACGCCGAUCACCGGUUCCAUGUCAGAUCGAUAAUUUUCUUUUCUUUUUUUUUGUUUUUUGUUUUUGUUUUUUUGUUUUUUUUUUUUUGUCUCUACUCACCUGCCUGUUUCCUUUCUGGAUGAAAAAUAUACGCCACCAACGUG